GUGUGUCUGCCGGUCCAAUAGGCGCGAGCCUUGGCCAUUCCGGGUGAUCCGAGUAAGAUGGCGGCCGCGCCGACUUUGCCUCCGUGCGCAACCGGGCCUGAAGUGAUCCGUGGGCAGGUGUUCGAUACCGGGCCUCGGUACACCAACCUCAGCUAUAUCGGCGAGGGAGCUUAUGGCAUGGUUUGCUCAGCCCAUGACAACGUGAAUAAAGUUCGUGUGGCCAUCAAAAAGAUCAGCCCUUUUGAACACCAGACGUACUGCCAGCGGACCUUGCGUGAGAUUAAAAUCCUGCUGCGCUUCAAACAUGAGAAUAUCAUCGGCAUCAAUGACAUCAUCCGAGCCCCCACCAUUGACCAAAUGAAAGAUGUGUACAUUGUACAGGAUCUGAUGGAAACAGACCUGUAUAAACUUCUGAAGACUCAGCACCUUAGCAAUGAUCACAUCUGUUACUUCCUGUAUCAGAUUCUCCGAGGGUUAAAGUACAUCCACUCUGCCAAUGUCCUUCAUCGGGAUCUCAAACCAUCCAACCUUUUGCUCAAUACUACUUGUGACCUGAAGAUCUGCGACUUUGGACUGGCACGUGUGGCUGAUCCAGACCACGAUCAUACCGGGUUCCUGACAGAAUAUGUUGCUACCCGUUGGUACCGGGCACCUGAGAUUAUGCUCAACUCCAAGGGUUAUACCAAGUCGAUUGAUAUCUGGUCAGUAGGCUGUAUCCUGGCUGAGAUGCUGUCCAGUAGACCCACUUUCCCAGGCAAACACUAUUUGGACCAGCUCAAUCAUAUUCUUGGUAUUCUUGGCUCACCUUCUCCAGAGGACCUGAACUGCAUAAUCAACGUCAAAGCCAGAAAUUACCUGCAAUCUCUGCCACACAAGAACAAAGUUCCUUGGAACAGACUGUUCCCCAAAGCUGAUGGGAAAGCUCUGGACUUAUUGGAUAAAAUGUUGACCUUCAACCCACACAAGAGGAUUGAAGUGGAGGCAGCUCUUGCUCACCCUUACCUGGAACAGUACUACGAUCCCAGUGAUGAGCCUAUUGCAGAAGCCCCCUUUAAGUUUGAUAUGGAGUUGGAUGACCUACCCAAGGAGAAGCUCAAGGAGCUGAUUUUUGAGGAGACGGCCAGGUUUCAACCACAUUAUCAGCAUUCCUAAACUACAAGCACCCUUGCAUACAGGGCCAGGACUGCAGGACUGGACAUGCUCAGAAUUCGUUUGUUUCUAACUCCUCCUGAAUCCUGUCUCGCGCAUCUCAGCUUAUUCAUUGUACUCUUAAAAACUGUGCCGUGGCACCUGUAACCAUGGAGAUUGUCCAUACUGGAAGCCUUGGCAUUUUCUGCUUGCUGUGGACUCUACUCAGAUGAGAAUUCACACUUGGUUGUAUUGGUAUUUGCGAAAGAUCUGAAAGUUGUACAGCCAGUGUGCACACAUUUAUUGAUCUAUAUCCUAUGUAACUUAGCAAUGGUGUUUGAAAGAAAGCAGGACUGACUUAGUGAAUAAAUAUACAGAAAAUACAACAGACACAUUUUGAGCACUUCAGUUUAGUUUUUUGAUGCACUUUGAGAUAUAUCGAAGCAUAACUGAUCAUUCAGUAUUAUGGUUGCUGUGUCUGGUCACAUCAAAUGUUUCGAAUCUUUGACUGCAUUGUGUGGGAUUUCUAAACCUUGCAUGUUCCCGUGAGAUCCCCUUGAGGAAGAUAUUUAGAUAUUCAAUGAGAGGAGGAGAUGUGACUAACCUGCAUUCUUUUAAACCAGUGUUGCUCUGUUGAAUGGUUGUAUAGAUUGUGUACUCGUACACUUAAAAGCCUGUCAAGGUGGCUCUCUCACUAAUGUCUUUUAUUGAUUUAAAAGUAAAUUACUGGCAUAUAUCCCUGAAAUAUUAUGUAGUGCUGAUGUCAACAACACUAUUGUGUUUUACUCUAGUUUUCUUUUAAACGACAUUCCAUUCAAUUUAUUUAAAAAACAAACUUGAUUCCAUUUCAGAAACUUAUAUUGGGUAACACAGAUCCAAGAUAAAGUACCUGGUCUGUGGAAAAAGGUCUGCCUUGCAUCCUCUGAAGAUUUUCUGAACUGGCUAAAUCAGAGGAAGUGCAAAUGUAUGCUUUGGUUUGGGAAAAUUGAGCAGUUUUGAAGGAAGCCGAGGUGAGUGGGUCUCCUUGAGAGCAGCUUAGAAUUCUAAGACCCUGUGUGCUUAUGGCAUUGAGAAUGAAGGGUGCCGUAAAAGAUUCCUGUCCCUUUUCUGUGUUCGCAGAGUGUUUGUGGAUGAAGCCUGUACAAUGUGGAGCUUUCUUAGCUAUAUUUGAAUUCAAAGUGCAGUGCCUGAUCCUUAGUCUCGAAACCUAUUGUGGUGACAAUUGCCUUGUACAAUUUACUGUGUCCAAGCAUGACUGUUAAGCUUUGUAUACAAAGACUGUCCAAGUGCCACACACACACAGACACACAUACACACACAUACAUUGACCACGGACACAUAUAGACCCAUAGUAGGAGUAAAUCUUACUGCUUCAAGCUUCGUCCUAAUCCCCUCUUCGGUUUCCUCUCUGGUUUUGCUUUCUGUAUAAAUCAUGCUUUAUUCCUUUAUUAAAAAAAAAGCCGCCUUUUGCAGACUCUGUGAUGUAACUGUAUAGAGCACUCUAUCAUGUAACUUGUUCAGUUGGCUUUUUGUUCUAGUUGGUCUGUUGCCUUUAUAAAUUGUGUACCCUCUGGAGAAAUCUAAACAUGUAUAAUAAAUGGAAAAGCGGUUAUGGUUAAAUUUUAAUGGAAAAAACCCCUGCAACAAUAGGUGUCAAAAUGUGAUGUAACCGCAUAGACAUACCUGAUUGUAUUGUGACUGGUAUUGGAUUUAAGCAUAUUAUAUAUAUGGACAAACUUGUAGGUACAAAGAUUUAUUUUGCCUUAAGUUUUUUUUCAAUGUUAUAUAUGUAAACAAAUUUUAAUCCGUUAAUGAAUGUUCUUUUUGUUCCCGGCACAUACAGCUCUUGUAAAAUUCUUUAAAUCGGUGUCUCCCUGCAUCUUUUAAAUACAGUAUGUUCUAUACACAA